AUGGACGGCGAGGAGCGUGUGAGCGCAGCGGCGAUCGAGAGCCGCUCGCACCGGUCGCUCGAGCUUGUGCUUGCGACAAAUGAGUCGAUCACGAUUGAUCUGGAUCCGCUGCCGUCACCAGAGGAGCUCGAAGUCGUGAUUGAGAUUCUCGUCGAAGAGAAGCCGCCGGCGUACUUUUGGACUGCACUCGCCUCGCGCUGUUGGAACCAGGGUCGGCGCACAGAGGCGGAGCAGAUUGUGACAAAAGGGUACAAUAUCUUGCCGGUGCAUCGCCCGAAUGAAAGUACUUCGCUGUUUGCGCUGCACGCGGCAUUCCAGCUCGCCGACGCUCGUGCGGCGCCCAAACUGCUCCUGGACAAUGCACGCUACCAGGACUUGAGCGGGAAGCAGACCAAGCAGCACCAUUUUCGCAGCGCGAUCGAAUCGCUGAACCAGGCCCAGUCGCUGGACCCCCAGAGCCCCAUCAUUGUACUCACACGUGCCGUGCUUGCUCUGGUCAUGGGCGACAAUGCGCUUGCGGGCAAGCUCUUUGACGCGACCCUCUCCAAAGACCCGAUGCAUGCGAUUGCACUGCUUGGCAAAGCAUGUGUCCUGCUGCGCACGCGCCAGUAUAUGGCCGCACUGCACAUGUACCAAACCGUGCUGCGCAUCGCGCUAAAGAUGGACCAGCUUGCCGCGGCAAACAACGAUACGAACCUCUGUUGGACGGGCCCCGAUCCACGUAUCGGAUUGGGACUGUGCUUGUGGGGCCUUGGACGGCACGAUACCGCGCGCCGCGCAUGGCGCCGAGCGAUGAACGCCACGCCAGAGCACCACGCGCCGCGACUCUUGCUCGGUCUGUCGCUGGUGAAUGCCGCAAAACAAGUCCAAGCCUUGCCGCACGGGUGGUAUGGCGCAGGGACGGAGCGUGCGGAGGAUGCAGCGCGCCGCGAAGCCUACGCCGAAGGCCUCGUCCUCCUCCAAAGUGCGUGGCGCCUCGACAAGACCAAUGCCAUGACCGCGGUAAGCCUCAGCGCACAUUUGCUCUCCCAAGCCACGCAGAUCUUUGCACAAGUCCUACCGCCUGCCAACGACUUCAGUAGCGUGCCCGGUGCGCCCGACGAGGCGCAGGCGGCGGCUGCGAGCGGCGUCCUGGACCGUGCGCUAAAGUUGAGCGAACACGCCAUCCAGUAUGCAGACUCCAAGUCUCCUGUCAUACAGGCCUGGCUCCAGUAUGCCCACGCGCUCCAUCUCAGCUCGCAGCUACCGGGGAACAGUACAGACCAUGCGUUGCGUCUCCUGUCGCAGCGCUACUAUGCACGCGCGAGUGAGGAACUCGCCAAGACGCCCAACCUGCCCGGCAAAAACGACCAGGACACGUUUCAGCACCAGCUCGAGCAUGGCCUGGCGCUUGCCACGCUGGGCCUGGCGCAGCUGCAAGCGUCGACGGCAGAGCCACUGGCCGCAAUCAAUACCCUCGAGGCUGUGCUUGUACGCCCUGGCACCGGCUCGAACGACUCGUACAAUACAGAGCUGAGUUUGUUUGCCGCACUGCUCUAUGCACAGCCGCAGCCUGGCGCGACGCCCCAGCAGCUCUUGGCGGACCGCAAAAAAGCGCGAGUGUCGCUUGACCGCACACUGCGCCUGGUGGACUCUGCAGAGCGUCUCUUGCACAGCAAGCAGGACGACCAAGACAACUCACUCUUGCAGGCCGAGACGGCGAUCGCAGCCGAACACCUGUCCACCAUGACGCUCUCCGCCAUGACACUCUUUGGAACCGAUCCACGCGUCUACGCACUCCUCGCUUCCCUGUUUGCGCCGGGCGAUAUAGACCGUGCAGUGCAGUACAACACACGCGCUUUGCACCUGGCCGAACAGCGCAAAGGCACCGCCGCACUCCAGGCCGCGCUCCAGCUGAACAUCGGCGCGCUGUGGGUUCUGCACGGCGCCGCUCUGACGCACGCGCCGAGUGUGCGCAAGGUGGACGAAGGUGCAUUGCGCAAAGGUAUCGAGUAUUUGGAACGCGCGUUCGUAAGCGCCGAUGCCAUACCGUCGUCGCCAGAAACCGACGCUGUGAAGAUCUUGGCCAACUACGAUCUCGGCCGCGCAUUCGAGGCGAGCGGCGACGUAGGACACGCGGAAGAAGCUUACCGUGCUUUGGUCGCAGCGCAUCCAGAGUACGCCGAGGCACGCGUACGGCUCGCUGUUCUUGCAGCCAACUUGGAGCAAUCCGUGCAGAUCGAGGAGAACGGGACGAGAAAGGCGGCGCGCGACGUUGCCAAUGCGCGCUUUAAAGAAGCGCUCUUGAGCGAUCCAAGCAAUUUGGACACGCGCGCUUCUUACAUCCGCUUCCUUGCCGGAGAGUACCCUGCCAACCGGCAAGCUGCAUGGCCAGCCAUCAAGGAUAUCAGCGCCCAGCUCUUUGUCAACCCAGAUGUGGGCAAGACAGUGUUUGGCAGCGCCGGUGCGGCGCGCCGCGUCACGGAAGAGGCGCGCCACGACGCUUGGGUGCUUAGCGUACUGGGCUGGACGUACUACCAAAUCGGACUGCACACGCCCGCAGGCCCGACGCAGCGCGAAGACAAGACCAAGAGCAUGUACCGCGCCGCUGACUUGUUCGACAAGGCGUUGGGCGUGCAUCCGCAGUGUGUCUUUGCCGCACAGGGCCUGGCAAUUCUGCUUGCCGACGAUGCGUUGGGUGAUGCGUCUGCUGCGCCAGAGGCUGUGGAAGAGCGUCGGCGCAACGCCGCAGAGGACGCCGUCGGCGUCUUUGGCAGGCUGCGCGAGGUGCGCGACGACGCCAGCGUGUAUGUGUGCCAGGGCCAUGCAUACAUGCGCUGCAACGAUUUGGAGCGCGCCGUGCAUGUGUACGAAUUAGCGCUCACGCGCCACCAUAACGAGAAGAAUCCCAUGGUGCUGCAGUACCUUGCGCGUGCAGAGUACGCGCUUGGAUUGCGCCAAAAGGAGUUUGCGCUUUUGGAGCAGGCCGUGUGUCAUUUGGAUACAUCUGCGCAGCUCCUGGCCAUGCGCGGCGACGAAAGCGGAGAAAUUGAGUGCAAGCAGAUUGCGUACAAUCGUGCGGUGAUGGCGCAGAAAGCGCUGCAGAUGCUGUACGACCUGCCCGUCGAGCAGCGCGGCGCGGCGCAUUUGCAGGAGGCCAUCGGCUGGGUGCGCGACGCACAGCCCGUCUUGGAAACGCUCGAGGAUGCGGCAAAGAAAGGCCAGCUCUUGUACAUCACCGCCGAGGUCGUCGAGCAGCGCGCCAAAUAUGCAGAAAUCUCGCUGUUGCGUCAGGCCGAGAGUGUCUUGGAAGAGACGCGCACGUACGAGGAACAGCACCAGCAGCAGCUUGUACAGCUCAACGAGAAGCAGCGCGAAAAAGAAACGCAGCUGCUCGCGCUGCGCCGCGAAAAGGAAGAGGAGCAUCGACGCCGUGCAGAGGCAAUCGCAGCGUCGCGCCGUCGUGCGCGCGAAGAGGCGAGUCAGAUCGAGUACCUUCCCGAGCCGAGUCCCGAGCCCAAGAAGCGCAGUACGCGUCGUAAAAAGGCGCCCCAGCCCCAGCCCCAGCCCCAAACCCAGCAAGAGUUUGUGGCGGAGGAGUCGAGUGAGGAGGACGCUCUUUUCCGCGAGGACGAAAGCGAUUCGGAUAGCAGCGAUUCGGACGCGGAGCAAGCAGACACGCCGCAGGACGUUCAAGCAGAGCACACCGCAUCGUCUGCGCCUAAGAGCACGCGGGAAAAGCUCGCCGAGCUUGCACGCCAGCGAAGAAAACGCAAGGACGAUGAGGAGAACCCGUCCAAGAAGCGGCGCAGCGACAAGGAGCGCAAAGAGCACAAGAAACCGAAACCGAACCCCGCGAACCCCGCGGAAAACGCUACGAUCGACUCGGACGAAGAAAUGAAGCUGUAG